CUGAGUCCAAGUGAUGUUCUCCGACACCGGCCCGUCAGGAGCGCGUGGGAGCGGAGAGGCGGGAGUGCGCUUGUGGGGAAAGUGGGCGCGAGCGUGCCGGAGGAGUUCGCUCGCGCCGCGGCUCAGGAACAAGGAACUUCGACGCUCAACUCCCCAGCAAGUCCAAUGAGCCGUCAAUUUAGUCUGUUUCUUUGGCUAUAGCCCCCGAAACACCUGGAAUAUCUCUUCAGCUGAUUCCACAUCGACCCACCGCACCCCACCAUGCUCCUCUCCUCCUGCUAUUGACCUUUGACCUCUGGCAGUGAUGGCAGAACGCUCGGUGGCUCCAGGUCAGACGUACAUAGAGGUGGAGUACGACUAUGAGUACAAAUCCAAGGACCGUUUGAUCACCAUUAAACAGGGGGAAAGUUAUCUUCUUGUUAAGAAGACCAAUGAUGACUGGUGGCAGGUGCGCAAGGACGAGGCCAGUAAACCCUUCUAUGUCCCAGCACAGUAUGUGCGAGAGGUGCGACGGGCUCUCAUGCCCCCUCCUAAACCCCUCAGUGCAGCCUGCCGAGGCGGGACUGGACCCAUUCGACCAUCUGGCCUGGAAAUCCAGCGGCCAGAUGAGAACAAAAAGAGCCCUUCUCCCUCUCCCUCCAGCAGUGCUUUAAUGCCCCCCAGGGAUGAUAGAAGUAGCCCCGGCAGCCCGACGGGACAAAUAAACACUUUAUCUGGCUCGCUUCCUCAUUCCAGAGCAGAGUCCCCAAGUCGCAUAGUGGAUGGAGAGCGGGAUAAGAACCGGAAUGAUUCAGAAUCAGGGGAUGAUCUCAGCAGCGGUUCCACUGAUAACCUACAGACUUUAGGUUCAGGGCAGGGCAGGCCUGACUCUCCUGUCUACACAAACUUGCAGGAGCUGAAGAUCACUCAGUCAUCUACCCCUCCACUGCCGUCUUCCUCUCCACUCCACACCUUUGGCGACUGGGAGACUCACAAAGACCAGAAUGGCAGACACUUCUACUACAACCGCAGCACGCAGGAGAGGACCUGGAAACCACCACGGGCACGGGAUAGUCUCACCAGGAAAGAGGGGAAACAAGACAUGACUGACACUGAGGUUCUGUCAUCGGAGGAAAACUGUCUGAGCAGCCAAUCAGACAGCCAGUACGGUUCGCCCCCUAGAGGCUGGUCUGAAGAAAUGGAUGAGCAUGGACACACUCUGUAUGUGUCUGACUAUACUAGUGAGAAGUGGUUGAGACACACAGACGAACGAGGCCGGCUGUAUUACUACAGUGCAGGUGACUCCAGAUCUGAAUGGGAGCUUCCUAAAAUUGGUCUUAAAUCACAGUCUAACCACACACCUCUGCUGCCAGGAGAUGCACACAAAACUCGUAGUCUUGAUCGGAGACUGCCAGAUCCCAUUCCUAUCAUCAGGACGAGACACAGCAUAUAUUCAGAGUCCAAUGACAAGUUAAAACAGAAAUCUGUCAAGGACCGGCGAGCCUUCCCCCCGCACCGCAAAAGCACCUUCCGCUCUCACCCUUAUAGGCCACAAGACACUAAAACUGGCUCCCCCGACUCUGACUCGUCCUGUCCCUCCUCUCCUAAACCCCCCCAGUCUCCGUCAGAGAAAUGUGGCAAUUUAAACAUGACCAAAAUCACUGAAAAUGGAAAAAAGGUCCGGAAGAACUGGACCUCCUAUUGGACAGUUUUGCAGGGUUCAUUACUGCUAUUUAAUAAAGGCCAAGGGAGCGGGACUGGUUGGUUUGGAAGAGACCAGAAGCUGGAGUUCAGUGUGGAUCUCAAAGGGGGUUCAGUGGACUGGGCGUCUAAAGACAAAUCCAGCAAGAAACAUGUUCUAGAGCUGAAGACCCGGCAGGGCAUGGAGCUCCUCUUGCAGUCAGACAAUGACAGCUUCAUUAGCGAUUGGCACAAAGCUUUGACUGAUGCCAUACACACAUAUAUGUGGGAGUCUGAUGAGGCCAUUGAAGAAGACUUGUCAGAAUCUCCUGACACGGAGAAACAUGACAAAGAAAAAGAGCAAAGAAACUCCAAGAAGAACAGAGAUAUUAAGAAGUCUGUAAGCAUGGAUAAUGCAGAACAGAAGAAGAAGACCAAGCUGAUGAAGCUUCUCACAGGCAGACCCACUUUACAGGCUGUCAAAGACAAGGGCUACAUUAAAGAUCAGGUGUUUGGCUCCAGUUUGAGCAGUCUUUGUCAGAGAGAGAACUCCACUGUCCCUCGCUUCGUCUGGAUGUGCAUUGAGCAUGUGGAGAAGACAGGUUUAGGAGUGGAUGGUUUGUACAGAGUCAGUGGAAAUUUGGCCAUCAUACAAAAACUGAGAUUUGCUGUUAAUCAUGAUGAGAAAGUGGAUUUAGGGGACAGUAAAUGGGAGGACAUUCACGUGACCACUGGAGCUCUGAAGAUGUUUUUCCGCGAGCUACCAGAACCUUUAUUCACUUAUGCUUUCUUCAAUGACUUCAUCGCCGCCAUCAAAAUGCCAGAUUAUAAGCACAAAGUUCAGACGGUUAAGGAUCUGAUGAAGCAACUGCCACGGCCCAACCACGACACCAUACAGGUGCUCUUCAAACACCUGAAGAAAGUGAUCCAGCAUGUCGACGAGAACAGGAUGACCACCCAGAGUGUAGCCAUUGUGUUCGGCCCGACACUUCUGCGCCCGGAGACAGAGACGGCAAAUAUGGCCGUGCACAUGGUCUACCAGAACCAGAUUGUUGAGCUUGUUCUUAUGGAAUAUGAGACCAUAUUCGGCAGGUAGGUCACAUACAUCGGACCCUUUGACCAAAUUCAACGGGCCAGUCACUGCUGAGGACCGGACAGCCCAUUGACUGCCAGUCUGAACACUGAACAUGUUUUGGUAUGUUUACAUGAGAGGACCGCCCAUAUUAGAAAACCAUUCUGGCUUCAACAUAAACAGUCUAAUCCUUUCUCAUAUCUUUAUUGGACUAACUUAUAGUCAUGUUUUUCUUGCCUGGAUGUUGUAUUUUUUUAUAUAUACCCAAAUCCAUUGGACUAUGUGAUUUUUGGACCAUUUACGGCUUUGGUUGAAGCAACGAGGGCUUGAAAUAUGAAAAUUUUUCUGUCCAACUGAAAACCAUGUUGCUUAUGGAAGAAAUCUGAUGCAUCAUUUUAGAUUUCCAUUCACUACUAGUAUUACAUUUUACAUCACGUCUUUCCGUGGUAAUACUGUAAUACAUUUUGGAACAACACGUCAGCUGAUUGACUGACAUGAUAGACAUAGAUUUUAUCUUGUAUUAAAAUUCAAAUCUCUGCGGGGAUGGAUUUCAUUCUGUUCUGGCCUGCUGGAAGUGACCUCUGAGAUGACCAUUGCUGGGAAACACUGGAAUUAUUGUGUAGACUCCAUAGAUACGGACACACAAUCUUUUGUUUGAGUCUCGGCCUUGAUUUCCAGACUAUCAGUCCAAAAUCAAAGGAUGCACAAACUCUUGCAGUAUGCAAGUAUAUGUCUGGUAUAUUUCAUGCUGUGUGAGCGCAUCUGUCCAUCUUGGCCCUUAGAGAGACUGGAAUAAAAUGUGUGCAGGACAAAUUUAACCCUGUGAGGACAAUAGAUUCGCUACUGUUCCUGACCAGACCCCAGUCAUGCAAGUCUCACAUCCUAUUUAAUAUGAGUACAGUAUGCUGUAGACAAAAUAGCAUGUGAAGAUCUUGUAUUAGAGAGAGAAAUUGUGAGUGGGUUAAACCGGAUUUCUCUUUGUAAAGAUAUCUGAUGGACAUACUAUAUGUGCGUGUGAGGAGUAAAAAGAGCACAUGGAGGUAAAGGCACCACAAUUGUAUUAGAGACUUUAUUAAAAUGUUUUCAUAAGAAUUAUUUCAGAUAUGGUUAUUUGGUAAAUGGCUGUUGAAUGUAAUUCAUCAAAUGUUCUGCUUUAUGUUGCAGAGCUUUGUCUUGAUCAAAAUAAAGUUGACAAGGCAAAUCUG